AUGCAGAAGAAAGGAAUAAAGGUGGACGCGCUAUGCCCUAUGUGCAACAUGGAGGCGGAGAACGUUCAGCAUUUGCUUAUGGACUGUGUUUUUGUAAGACAAUCUCUCUUUUCUUCAGCUCUGAGUUAUAGGAUACCUUCUGAUCUCUGUUUCAAUGAUUGGCUUCAAAGCAUACUUUUCUGUGGGGAUUGCUUUAGCAUCCAAUUAAUUGGUACAAUUCUGUAUAAAGUUUGGCUGAGCAGAAAUCUAAAAUUGUAUCAAUUUAAAAAUGUCUCUCCGAUCGAGAUCGCUGUGGAUGCAGUGACAAUUGUUGCGGAAUUUAACCGUUUUAAUCCUAGUUCAGGAGGGGUCAUCUUGAACUCUGAGUCAUCAGAUGCCAGCAAAAAAGAUGUUUACAAUAUUCAGGUGGAUGCCAGCAUCUCGAGUGAUGGAGCAGUGGCUUUGGGGUGCAUAAUUAUGGAUCAAUACAAUGCCAUUUCUCUAGCAGCUUGUAAGAAAGAGGAUGUCUCGGUCGAAGUGGCUUUGGCUGAAGCCAUGGCUAUUAGGUGGGGUUUGCUUGUGGCCAAAGAUUUGAAUUUGGAAAGAAUUGUGAUCAAAUCAGACGCCAAGGUGGUUGUGGAUUGUGUUAACCUUAUGCUGAAGAGACCUGUUCUGGAGCCUUUAAUUAUUGACAUUAGGAAUCUUCUUAGCAGUUUUAAUUUUGCAUCUCUUCUAUUUCACAGUAGAAAUUGUAAUAGGCAGGCCCAUAAUAUGGCUAGAUUUGCUUUUGAUUUCGGGUCUAGGACUUGGGCAGGGUUUUGUCCCUCUUUGGAAGCCCCUGAUGUUUUCCCUUUGGCUUUUAAUGCCUCUUAA